AAGAUCUAGGUACAACAAGGACGAGCGCUACACACUUGCAGAAAACAACAUGGCGGCGACCAUGGCAGGCGAAAGUUCAACGGAGGAGGACUCAACUGUAUACGUUUUCGAUCGUCGCAGGGGCUCUGAUCCAGAGCGGAAAAUCGCUCUUGGAGGUGUCUUCAGCUUUGCUGAUUUCAAGGAUUUAAUCAAGAAAGAGUUUGGAAUCCCAGAUAGUGGAAAGUUUGUCAUCGCAACCACUAACAGGGAUGAGAUCAAUACAGAUGAGACUUAUGAGGAGCUUGUUGAGGAUGGAGACACUCUCUAUCUGCUGGUGCACCUCAAGCAAGCCUUGCUGGCCCCUACCCAGGAGAGGGUGGAGUACCAACCCCACUUUGACACCCUCAUCAGGAGUGGCAUGUAUGAGUACUAUGCCAGCGAGGGACAGAAUCCACUACCUUUUGCAAUUGCAGAACUGAUAGACAACUCACUUGCAGCCACUGUGGAUAAUGUUGGACCCAGAAAUAUAGAAAUCAGAUUGUACCUGGAUGAAACAGGAGAUAAAAGCAUGGUUUGUGUCCUUGACAAUGGCAAGGGCAUGACCACCAGGGAACUCAACAACUGGGCCAUCUAUCGACUCUCUAAAUUCAAUCGCAAGAGAAAGAGACUAAAACAAGAGAACAACAGUGAGGAAGAGAAAGACAUUCCCAGAUCGUUAAACAGUGACAUCUCGUACUUUGGAGUAGGAGGAAAGCAAGCAGUGUUUUUCAUUGGUGAUUCGACCAGGAUGAUCAGUAAACCCAGAGACUCAAAGGAUGUUCAUGAGAUGGCGGUAUCAAAGGAAGAGUUUGAAAGAAGAGAGAAGAACAAAGAAGACAUCUACAAGGGCAUCAUCCACAAUAGGCAGCCUGGCGAGGGCAGUCACAUAUCAGCAGAAGAUGAGAUCCUGCAAAAACUGGUCAAGGAAGAGGAAGGCAAGGAGAACUUCACCCACGUGGUCAUCACCAGUAUCAAGUCACACCACAUCAAGUUCCUCAAAGAAGACUUUAGCAGGUGGAGCAGACAGCUGGCACACAUCUACCACUACUACAUCCAUGGACCACAAGGCAACCAGUCCCACCUAUCCAACUCCAUGUACCGUACGCCAAGCCCCUACAAGAACAUUGACAUCAGCAUCACCACGUACAAGAAGGGCCAUACGCCUCGGCAGCUCAACCUGAGAGACAUUGAAGACGACCACCAAUCCAACUUCAUCAGGUCUGCCAAGGACACGUUUGAAUUCCGUGUCUUGGUUGAAGGAACUGGACUGGUUGAGGGCGUGCUUAGAUAUCAUCCAUUCCUCUUCGACAAGGAGUCGUAUCCAGCCGACUAUGGCUUAGUACUUGAGGAAGUCGAUGACGAGACUGAUUACAACAAAGAUAGACCUGCAAGGGGUAGCAAAGCCGUAUUUGAGUGCUACUGGAAUGGAAGGCUUAUUCCAUAUACACUGGUCCAAGACUUUGACUGGUGUGCCUUGCCUAAGAAACGAGUCAACAUUCCAGCUGAGUGCUACAACAGGGUAUCUGGUGCCCUCUUUGCCAACAGCAAGUUUGAGGUCAGCACAAACAAACUGACCUUCAUUGACUUUGAGAUGAAGCUGAGGGAUAAGAGCGCAGUCUUUCAGAGAGUUGUUGGGGGUCAGCCCCAGAGAGUGAAGAUCGACAAACAGUUCACUGAAUGGCUGCACAAGUGUCACGAGACGCACGACAAACAGGUCUGCUUCAGAGACUACGUGGGUAACAUCACAAGGCCAGAUCUACCCAAGAAACAACAAGGACCCUGGGCUGUGUUCAAGUCUGUGGAAUGGGAUGGGAAGGUGUAUACCACAGGGCAACAGGUUCGAACCUUGCGGACAAGUCCAAUUCUUCAUGGGGCAAUACAACGGUUCUUGUUGUUGGGAGACUUUGAGAAUGAGAUCCAGAAUGGGAUGCUGUUUGCGACGGGAGGAGAGUUCGAAAUUGAGCAGGAGCCUAGAUUGUUGUACAACGAGACGAAGAUCUACCCUCUCAGGAAGCUGGACAGAUUAGCUGAUGAGAGACAGAUAAAGAAGUACAUCGAUGAUGAAGAAGGAAAACUUCCAGGGGUUCUUGUCAUCUCUUGGCCUGAAGCAAACGAGGUCCAUGCGGGAGAGAAACGACCAGCUGGGAAACUAAUAGGUGCAAUCAAAGCUGAGAUCCACAACAGGAAAGGUCAGUCCAUGUCAAGACUUCCUGGAGCUCAGCAUAACUCUAAGAAACUCAUGGUGGAGAUGAAGAUCAUUUGGCAUUCCAAUGGCAGUGACAAGGUGAUAGUAACCCACAUGAGUCAACAUCACAAGACAUGGUCAUUCUGGUUCAAACAGAUGGACAUUGUCAGGAACAUUGGCCCCCAUACCCUGAUCCUGCAGGCAGUACUCGGAGAGGAAGGAGCCACUGACUUCGGAGGACGCUCUCUACCGAGUCAUAAGAUCAAGUUCACAAGUACAGAGGGCCCACCAAGCAAGUUUAGCAUCGUAUUCUUGGAUCCGCCGUUCAGGGUAGAUGUCCCAUUCAACAUCCCUCUUCAGCUACAAGACGAGUUCAAUUAUCCCACCAAGCCAACAUCUAACCUCAAACCAGUACUCGAAGCAAGUGGCCUUGAAAUGAGCUAUGAGAAGGUGGAAAUCAAGGGCACCUCUCUUAUAGUGAAAGGAGUGAAGGCAUCCGGGGACGUUGGGUCGGCUCAAGGAAAGAACUUCAACAUGACUGUGAUGAUACCUGGACUGGAGAUUCCGACUCAACAACUUAAGAUCAGAAUCUUGCCUGGUGAGCCACACAAGAUCGUUGUGCCAACGUUUGAAGAAACUGAUAACCUCUGCAUAGAGAACGGCAAAGCGCUUCCUAUAUCUGUGGAGAUCAGAGAUGGAGCAGGCAACUUCUCCAUGCACCCAAAACUUGUAGUUCAGUGCAAGUUUCUGGGUGCUGCUGGCUUGCCUCUAUACACAGCAGACUGCAGUAACUCAGGGAAGGCUACUCUUACCGGUAACCCUAUCUUCAUCAAGAACAUCUCCAAGAAAUCUCAGAAGAUCACUGCCAGAAUUGAACUUCCGCAUAUGAAAGGAGUCAGCCAUGUGGAGAAAGCCAUCACCGUCAAACCCAGCACCGGCGCCUGUAAGAUCAAUGUAUUCUUCUGCCAACAUCAGUACCUUGAUGACCCAAAGAAAAAACCUGUCAAGAUGAAACCCCAAGAAGAGAUUGAGUGGACGGCCGGAGAGAAUACAUCACAUAUCAGCUUUGCUCUUUUUGAUGAGGGCGACAACCACAUGAAGAUUACCAAGGAGCUGGCAAACAAGUUCAAGUUCAACUGGUUACCCAGCUUUAACCCUUCCACCCUCAUGGAGGGGUACUUGCCCCCUAUCAAGGUCCCCAAUACGGUGGGAGAUUCCAAGUUCUGUCAGCUGAGACUCACCGAUGGAUCGGGCCUGGAGUUUUCCUUCAACAUCAAGCCAAUCCCUGGCAAGGCCACACAGAUCAAGUGUCAAACCAAAAAAAGUGCAAAGGUGAAGCUUGGAGAGAUCUUGGAUGGUGAUAUUGUCGUCCAUGUCACUGAUGCCUAUGGGAACAGUAUAAAGAAGCUCCCUCAUGGUUCACUGAGCAGCCUCAGUGUGGAGGCAGAAGAUCUAGACUCCAAGGUCCUGCAGAAAGCCCUUCUACCUAACGUGGGCUUCGGCCUAAGGAACAUCAAGUUUGACGGUUCAACGGUAGGGGUCAGGGAGGUCGUGGUGACUUACAACGACUUCACGGAUCACAUCAGGUUGGAGGUGCUUGCUGGCCGACCGGCGAAGCUGCUUGUGAUAGGCUGGAUGCCAGAGGAGACACUGAUAGCAUAUGACGGCGCCGAGAUCAGCAAUCCGUUGGGCUUUAAAGUUUGUGAUGAAUCUGGCAAUCAUAUCUCUGAUGCCAACACAACUAUCUCACUGCAAUAUGACAAGACAUUAAAGGUAUCAUCAACUGCACGACUGAUGGCAAGGCCAUUCAGUGAUGGUCAAGUUACCUUUGGGAAGCUUACCUUAUCCGGUCCCUGUGGAAAGUACAUGCUACAUGCAAAGAUGUCCAUUGGAAGGUCAUCCCUAAUGAGUUCUGGACUCGCUGUCCAACUCAGGCCAGAUCCCAAGAAGGCACAACAACUUCAGGUGGACUACAAAAAGGGGAGUGUCUACAUUGCUGGGGAUCCUUUUCCAGAUUUUGACAUCUCUGUAAUUGCUGCUGACGAGAGCACCAUGACCAACAUUCCUCACAAGAAGAUCUCCAUGAGGUUGUGGAAGUCCGCUACCAACGAUCAACACUCUGGUCCGCCGCCACAGAGGGCGCUAAUUACAGACAUGGACAAGCCCAGUGAGGAGGAUAGGGAAGGACAUUUCUACUGCAGAAAACGAAAACUACCCCAAGAGGCACGCAUGCAUUGGAUCAUCUUUCAAGCGUCCCUGGAUGAUCAGAUGCUCUAUUCUGAACCGAUUGGGUUUGACAUCCAGCCUGGUCCACCAGUGAAACUGAUCCCAGAGAUAGCCCCGCCCACACCUACCGUCUCCAAUACACCGCGGGCACAGAGCAGGACUCUCAUCAAAGCUCUCAAGCUACAACUCGUGGAUGAAUUUGGGAAUUUGACCGGCAAAGAUUUGACGGGUAACAUUGAAGUCCAUAUGAAAGGCAACAAUGGAGCUGAGCUGCCAAAACUCCAAGGCAAUAAGAGUAUGAUGCAGUUCCCGCUGGAUAAAGGCAUUGGCUUCAUACAGAACAUCUCAAUUCAAGAGGAUACGCCAGGGCAUGAUGGAAGCGAGUACAAAUUACACUUCACAUUGAAGAGCAAGGGGCCUCAAGUGAAGCCGUACAUCCAGCCAUUUCUGUUUUAUAAUGAUGCCAAGAAGCAGCAGCGGAUGUCUCAGCUGUCAAAGGAGAGAGACACACUCAGUGCUUCUAUCAGGGCAUACAAAUCAAUGUUUGAAGGGAAACAGGAGCUUCUACAGAUGUUCAAAGAAUCUGCUGAGGAAGCUGCUAAGCAUGAGAUCAAGUUACGUGGAGAGUUGAGAAUCUUUGGAGUCCGGGUGGCACAGAUAGCAACGAGAAAAGGAGCGGAAGAAAUGAUGAUAUCUACUCAAAAAACAAUGGAAGAAUCGAGGAACAAACCUAGAAGGAAAUGCGGGAUGCCGCGAUACGAGACACGGGAUGGUGAAAUACUUGGCAAGGUAGCACACCUGGUCGAGAUAGAAGAAGAGAAUGAUGCCUAUGUGUUAUCAUGGCAUAUGGCCUCAGAUAUGGACUGCGUCCUCACCACCACAGUCACUAAAGCUAAGGAAGUCUUUGCAAACACAAGAGGGCGCCAACAGGUUCUACCUAUCGAGUCGAUCUACAAGAAAGGCCUAACUGAGUGGGACAAGCCUCUACCACACAAGAGAGUACCCAUGAAGCAUGGUCAAACCCCAUCAGGCAACCCUGUGUAUGCAAGGCACCUUUUAAAGUUCACAGGUCAUGAAGCAAAUUGUAGGAUAGCCUUCAGUCUCUUGCUACAAGAUACAGUACUCUUAGAUACUCUGGAUGACGCAACAGCAUACAGACAGUCAAUUGUGAAGCACAUCCACUGCCCCACGCUUCUCACCCGCGACGGCAACCGUAUCCGUGGCAACGGAAAGUUUGGAGGAUUUCAGAACCGAUGUCCUUCAGACCUUCGGGGAUGCGUCUUUGGGGAACCUCCUCCCAAACAGUUAGAAUCACUGGAGAAACAGAUGGCAAUCCUGGAGCAGAUCAUACAUGCCAUAAAACGUCGUGAGCAGGCUCAGGUAGAGUAUAAGGUCCAGGAGGCAGCGCUAAGAUCAGGGGAUAUGGUUACCAAGCAACGGGAUUGCCAGGAGGAUGAAGAACAGCUUGCCCUUAUCAACCAGAAACUCAAAUUGGCUGAAGCUUCAAGCACAGAUCAUUCUCCGAUUCCAAUGUCCACCGCAUCUUCCAACUCAAGAGGGCAGUCCACUUCCAGAGGAACGAUGAGACGGUCAGCACCCUCUGUGCCAGAGAGUCCUAGAACGAAACGAAGGAAACCCUAGAACCCCUCCUGCAGCUGUGAUGUGUGCUGCCUACCUUCAAACCACACACCCCCCCCAUAACAUUCCACACUGCCAAUGUAGAUACGUCAAUACCUAAAUGAAGAACAGUAAAUGUCAUUUGUGUGCUGUCAUAUUGUAUAUAAGAUUUGUUAUGGAAACCCAAAUCCUUGUAAGAGUUUUGAACAUACCAUCUGUAUGUUGAUUUGUAUAAGAUAAUAACGUUCUAGCUCCGAGCAGACGCUGUCCUUUAGUGAUCUUUCUAGAUAUCUGCAAAUGCUUGUCAUUCUCCAAGCAAACCCUUGGCAGCCAUCUUGUUCUGAAUGUUGUUCUGAUGUAUGAUGAUGUAUUCAGAAAUGUGGAAAAAUAAAUAGAAUAAUGCCAUUCUUACCUCAUUUUCUUCAUCCAUUCUAUAAACUACAAAUGUAUUUUAAAUGAGAGCCAUUUUUUUCUCUCUCUUUAUCUCUCUUGCUCUCUUUCUUUAUCUUCUUGUUUCUUUGUUUUGUUUUAUUUCUUUGAAAUACAUCUUUUUAAGCAUGAUAGAAUUUGUGUGUGUAUGUGUGAUGUAACUGUAAAUCCCACUUUAUCUGUUUAACCUCCAUGCAUGCUUCUGUUUUAUGUACUUUCACUGAAUGAUGGGGUCAUAGGGAUGAUUUGAUAGUGCCUUAUCUGUGUAUAUAUCAAAGUGAAACAUUUUUAGGAAGUCUACAAUAAUUAGAAAGGAUUAUCUAACAUGGGGAAAGUUACAGUUGUAGAACAAUGAUAAGAUAUGAAUUUAUUGUCAGUUUUAUCAUCCACCAAACAAGUGGACUUUUGAGUAUGACAUAAUAAACAACUAUUUUUUACUUGCAAUAUUGUUCCUAGUAGACACUUACAAUUGAAAAUCUUGUGAAAUUCUAGAAUGAAAAAAAAAAAGGUGUGAAAAAAUCUUACUUUUUCCCUCAUGUACUUUAUCACAACUGCGAUUGCCAGUUUGUGCCAAUUUCCUCUUGGAUUUUUGUGUUAUGUAAACAUUUAUUUGUUGUAAAAAAAAUGUUUGAAAAGAUGUGUAGAUUGUAUGGUAUUACGUAAGUCACAUGUAAAUUAAUGCACAUUGAUUAAUCGGCUUGUGUAUUCAGCGAUGUGAUUGAUAUUAUUACUGUGCACCAACUGCCUCACCAAAGAUAGUGGUUACUUUGUGAUUCAUUGUUAAUGUGACUCUUUAUUUAUUAAGUUUAUUUUAUAUUUCCAGGCAUAGUGAAACAAGAACAAAAUCGUGCAGAGACAAAGGAAGUAAGAAUGACACCGACUAGUGCCUGAUGAUAGCCAAAAAGAAAUUAAUUCCUGUUCAGUAGGUUCUCAUCGAUGGUCGAUGGUUUACAAAGAUAUACAAACCUUUUCUUUAAAAUACAAACAAUCUCAAUUUAUAAAAAAACAUUUAAAA